AUGUGGGAUAGUACUGAAUCUCCUUCUCAAGCUCUUACCCAACUUUGUGCUUCUUCUAAAGUUAGCUUAGAAGAUGAUUUCAUUAAGCUGCAUCCUAGGAGUUCAAUUGAAGGUCUAAAAGAUUUUAAACAGGAAAGUACUUUUGUAGUAAAGGUUACUAUCAAACAUGUGCUAGAUCAUGAUGAUUGGUGGUAUACAACAUGUAUCUGCAACAAAGCAGUUUAUCCUGAUUCCAAAAUGUUUUUUUGUGAAAAGUGUAACAAGCAUGUCAUUAAGGUUACACCUAGGUAUAAACUGAAACUUCAUGUAAUUGAUGCUACAGAUUCUACAACUUUUGUUGUAUUUGAUCGUGAUGCAAGUGCAAUGUUGAAGAAAUCAUGCUCUGACAUUCUUGACUUACAAGACAAGAACACUGCUGCUGGAGACUUGCCUAAAGAGUUUGAAGUCCUAAUUGAUAAAACCUAUCUGUUCAAAGUUGAGUGCAAGAAUGAUUAUAAUAGCAAAUUUGAACAAUCAUUCAGAGUUAAAAAAGUUUGCAUGGAUGAAAAAGUAAUUGAAAGCUUUUCUGAUGUUGAAAUUAAGUCUUUGGAUUUGUUGAUCAAAUUCACAAAAGAAUCAAAUGAUGUUGAGACUCUAAGUGAUGAUUUGAACAAUAUAGUAUCAAGCCAUGUUCCUCCCGAAGAAUCCUUGAAAACUAAAAAUGUAAUUGAUGUUCAAAUUCAUGAGUUAACCCGCAAAGAAUCAUCUCAACUGGACAAUCUUGAUUUGGCUACUCAACCACCUGUUCCAAAACUUAAAAGACAAAGUCAAUCUAUGGUUCAAGAAAACAAGAAGAUUCCAGAGUUUGGACAUGUUGAUCCAAUAUUUUUGGCUAUUUUUGGUGAGGAAUUAGGAUCGGUUUGGCAGUUGGAAGAUAUUGAAGGGAAUCAACAUCAGUUAACUUUUAAUAUGGAUGUGAAUCAUCCCGUUCUCACGGAUGGUUGGUAUAGCGACUUACAAUCUGACUUUGCAGAUUACGUUCGUAAACGUAGAUUGAGGAGGUUGGAAUUGCAGGGACGUCACAACACUUUCAUUGUUCAAUGUAAACUUCUGCUCUGUAAUACACCUAAGAAGUCAAGUAAUAUUGGGAAGGGAUGGAAGGACUUCUGCACAUUCAAUCGUUUGGAAGAAGGAGAUAUUCUUGUGUUUCUAGCUGACAAAGAAAUGAAGAAAUGUGCCUACAUAUACUAA